AUGCAGUUGACCGAUGCGCCCGAUGGUCUUGAUAUUUAUGAGGACCAUAGAGCAAAGGUGAUUGCUUCUGUGGUCGCUCCAGCUAUACUUGCAAUUAUAGCUGUGGGGCUUCGAUUAUGCGCGAGAACAGUUUCAAAGGCAACCCUUGACUGGGAUGACUAUCUGAUAGUUUUGGCUUUGGUUCUCAACACAGGGAACUGCGUUAUCAAUGUCCUAAUUGCUAAACUUGGAGGCAUGGGUUUGCAUGUAUGGAAUCCAGAGGUUAACCUGGAGAUGAUGUUCAAGCUGGUCUUUGUUAUGGAGUUUGUCUACAGCUCUACCAUUCCAGCGAUCAAAAUGUCAGUCCUCAUGUUUUACCGUCGCAUCUUUCCCGUCCAUAGGUUCAGUUAUGCACUUUACGCCUGUUCCUUUCUCGCCUUAGGGUGGUUUAUCGGAGUGAUGGUGGUCAACUUCGUCCAGUGCUUUCCAUAUGCCUACUUCUGGAAACAGUAUGGGGACUCCGAUGCCAAGGGAAAGUGCAUCGCCGUGGAAGAUUAUUUCAUGGGAAAUGGUAUUGCAGAGGCUAUUACAGACUUCAUCAUCUUGGUCACACCUUUCUAUCAAGUUUGGAAGCUUCAAAUGCCGACCAGUCAGAAAAUUGCCGUCUCUGCUAUCUUCGGUCUUGGAUUCUUCACGUGUGUUGCGGGUGCUUUACGCUGCUAUGCAGUCUACCUCAUGAACAAAAAUGAAGAUAUCACAUGGAACUUCGGUCGUGGCUUCAUAUGGAGCUCUAUAGAACCAUCCUGUGGUAUCAUAUCUGCAUGUCUGCCAACCCUCCGUCCACUUUUGCGUCAUUUCUUUCCGACAGCAUUUGGCAAUAGCAGCCACCAGAAGUCCAACGAAUUUUAUCCUCUGAGUGAUCGCGCAAAUUUUGGCCCAGGAGAAGGACUAGCUCCUCAAAAUGAUAUCCGUGGCGGGUCCUCAGAUUCAUCGGCGCCAUUAGGAUCUAAACAAGAUCCAAAUCACGCAAUUAUGGUCCGUCAAGAGUUCAGGUUCUCGACCAAAUUGGACGAGCACGAGCAUGCUUGA